AUGUAUGCGGAAAUGUUCACCCCAUCGUCAUCCGCCGGUGUCAAGGGCGAAAAGUGCAUACGGGGUGUGCACUGUGCGGGCAGGGUGGCACCGGAGCGCGGGGUGAGGCGCAUAGCAACUGCGAGGGCGGUGCAGCGCCCGGGGAGCGGGGCGGGCGAGGGCGGUCGCGGGCUCCCGAGCGGGCGUCGAUCAGGAACAGCUGUGCGCGUCGAACUCCGGAGAUACUUCGUUCCUAUCGAAAAAUAUAAUCAAAAAUUUCCGUACAUAAAGAAAAGCGGGAGGCGUGCCCAUAGUGACAGGCUAGAGCCUGUAGAGAGAGACGGUAGAGUGCGUCGGUUAGAG